CUUCUCCUCAGGAGGCUUCAUGGCUAAAGUGCAGUUACCCUACAGCUGCUCACCUGGCCAACAGCCGCGCAACAUUGAGAUCGAGAGACAGCGGCGGGAAUAUCUAAAAUUAGACAUCACUCAGCUACUGGCUGAGCUUGGCAUUGAAUCCAGCCAGCUGGUGUCUAGGGAGCUGAGCUCGGAGGAUCACCCACAGAACUCCUGUCUACCUGUGGCUAAGAAACCUUGCCCACCAGUUUCUAACUACCUUCCUCUGGAGAUAUUUGACAAUGAGGAGUUUGACUGCCGGACACCAGAGGACUGGCUGGCUUUGGGCUUUGAGCCAGGGUCAAAGGACCGCAAACCCAUCCCAGCCAAGGCACUUCUACCCAGCAGUGACUCCAACUUACCUGAGGAGCAGAAGAGUUUGACUCCAGAGUAUUCGUGGCAGUCUGUGGGGGUCCUGGACUACUGCCCAGAGAAGAAGCAGUACCUGGUGCAAAAGGCAGAUCCACACGGCCGGAUCAGAGACAGCAAGGGCAAACUUGUGAUCGGAGCACAGAUGUCUCCAUCUACUCAUCCUCUAGGUCCACUAAUAGCUGGUCAGUUUUGGGUUCCGCGGGUCACGCUGAUGUUUUUGGCUGAGGACCCACGCCUCUUUGCUCAGAGGGUCCAGUUCGCCUGCAACUUUAGGAGAACCACAGAGGCCCUGCUGCUAUACCAUCUCUCUGUGGACUGCAUGCCAUCAUGGAGUGGGACACCCACCAUGCCGCCCACCAGCCUCCAGCAGAUCAAUACCCUUGCCCUCAGCACGCCAGGCCUCAGACUUCCACAACUGCAGGAGUGUGUGAAACGUUUGGAGGAGGAGGUUCAUCUGGAAUACGUUCGCACUAUGAACCGAAUCAGCUUUGACAGGCUCGUACAGGACAACCCUGAGGAGUUCUCCUACAUCACUCUGCCCCAGGAAGAACCAGAGAGAGUUCCCCUCAAAGGCUCGGUGGCUGUUCCGGACUACCUGUUUGAAAAGAACCGUGCUGCUUUUGCCUUUAACUCCCUGCUCACCAAGCCGGAAGUCAUCUCUGUUCUGUCCAAAGUCAGAGCGGAGUGCGACAGAGUGGCUUCCAUGAGCCUCUUUUACGUCACCUUCACCAAACCUCUACGCCUGGAGGAGUUUGAGCUGGCACAGUCACAGACCCACACACAGGUGCAGCUCUUCCUGAAGGACUCUUGGGUAACCACUCUGUGUAACGGAAUCUGCUCCAGUCUGCGGGAUGUGGGGGCCGGCUGGUUCUGUCUGAAAGAGUCUCGCUGGGAGGUGUACCGCAUGUCCAAGAUGUGCCGCCUGAUGGCGUCGAUACGCUACAGCCUACAAGACUCCCUACGUUUCCUUGUGCAGGACUCACUGGCCAGCCUGGCUCAGCUGCUGCUGGACGCCUGCCACAACGUGCUGCACUGCCCCUCUGACCUCACCUGGGGCUCCGACCUCAUCAACAGUCCAUACAAACCAAAGAAGAACCCGCUGUUCCUGGUGGACUUGGUGCUGGAUCAGACUGGAGUUCAUUAUAGCACCCCGCUGGAGAGCUUUGAGACGUCCAUCGUUAACCUUCUGGACAAAGGGAUCCUGUGCACUCAUAACAUCCCUCAGCUGGACAAGUUUGUGAUGAAGAAUUUGUUCAUCAGUGGAGUUCCUCUGUUGGAGUCAGUGGGUCUGUAUGAGCCGGCAGUGAGAGAGCUGAGAGAGAGAGUGAGUCUCGCCCUGUACCAGGCUACCAUUCCUCUCCAAGCCUACGCCCGAGAAUAUGAAUGCCACCUUGAGCUGCACAACUCUGACAUCAACACCUUUCUGAAGCAUCACAGUGAAGAAAACACCACCCCUGUGGAGGUGAAGCGGGAGGUGGAGAGGCACCUGAAGGAGAAAGAGAUUUUGGAUCAGUCUCUCCCCUCAUCCAUCGUCAUCGGGCCCUUCAUGGUGAGCGUGGAGGCUGUGCGACAGAGCCUGUCCAAGAAACGCCGCGCCCUGGCCAACGCUGUGCUGGACCGCCUCGCUCUGAAGCUCCGCAAGCAAGUGGAGGAGGCAUGUGAGGAGUGCAAAGCCAUCAGCAGGAAGUUGUACGAGAAGCCCAACAGCAUUGAGGAGCUGACAGAGCAGAGGGAGUGGAUGAAGCAGAUCCCAGAUCAGCUAAAGGCUCAAGAAGAAGUUUUGGCCAAAGCCAUGUCUGACUAUGAGCUAAUAGAUGAGUUUUUCUACAAUCUGUCCAAUGAGGAUUUCAAUGCAAAGUGGACAGCGAUGGCCUGGCCCCAUAAGAUCCUCACUCAGAUGGAAAACGUGCAGAUUCAGCAUGUAGAGGAUGAGGAACGCUUCCACAAGAUCCAGCUGGUCGACCAGAACAACUUCCAGGAGCGCUUGGAAUCCCUACAGAUGGUGGUCGCAGGCUUUGCUGCCUAUACAGAUUUCAGUCGAGCACAUGAGGUGGCGAACGAAGUGCGUCGUGUUGGAAAGCAGCUGAAGGAAUCUCAGACGAUGGCGCAGGUUUACAACAACCGUGAACGCCUCUUUGGCAUCCCUGUCACCAACUACGAGCGGGUGCAGAAGCUUAGCCGAGACUUCCAGCCAUUCCGGGACCUAUGGACGACCACCUCUGAUUGGCUACGGUGGCACGAGAGCUGGAUGAACGACCCAUUGUCCACUAUUGACCCAGAACAGCUGGAACGUAAUGUCAACGAUGCCUAUAAGACCAUGCACAAGUGUGUCAAACUGUUCAAAGACAUACCAGCCUGUCAGGAUGUGGCAGCCUACAUCCGUGGUGUCAUCGAGGACUUCCGUCCGAACAUCCCGCUGAUCCAGGGCCUGCGGAACCCGGGCAUGCGCAGCCGUCACUGGGCACUGCUGUCCGAGCGCAUCCACAUGAACGUGAAGCCCAAGGCCAACCUCACAUUCUCCCGCUGCCUGGAGCUCGGCCUGCAGCAGCAUGUGGAUGAGAUCGCCCAUGUCGCGGAGGUGGCCAGCAAAGAGUACGCCAUUGAGCAGGCUCUGGACAAGAUGCAACAGGAGUGGUCCUCAGUGAUGUUUGAGGUUUUGCCAUAUAAGGAGACGGGCACCUACAUCCUGAAGAGUCCUGACGAGGCCUCCCAGUUGCUGGAUGACCACAUUGUGAUGACUCAAAGCAUGUCCUUCUCUCCAUACAAGAAGCCAUUUGAGGAAAGGAUCAGUUCCUGGGAGAGCAAGCUGAGGAUGACACAGGAUGUUCUGGAGGAGUGGCUGACGUGCCAGCGCUCCUGGCUCUACCUCGAGCCGAUCUUCAGCUCAGACGACAUCAACAGGCAGCUGCCCCUGGAGGGGAGGAGGUAUCAGACCAUGGAGCGCACCUGGAGGAAGGUGAUGAAGGCCGCUAAUGACAACAGACAGGUGAUUGAACUGUGCCCGGACCCUCGUCUGCUGGACAGCCUGCGAGACUGUAACAAGCUACUGGAGCAGGUGCAGAAAGGGCUGAGUGAAUACCUGGAGACCAAACGUGGAGCCUUCCCCAGGUUCUAUUUUCUGUCUGAUGAUGAGCUUUUGGAGAUUCUGUCUCAGACCAAAGACCCAACAGCAGUGCAGCCUCACCUGCGCAAAUGCUUCGAGAACAUCGCCCGGCUUCGUUUCCAGCCGGACCUUCAGAUCACUCAUAUGUACUCUGCUGAAGGAGAGGAAGUCAAGCUCUUCCUCCCGGUGUGGCCUUCUGGGAAUGUAGAGGACUGGCUGCGUGAUGUGGAGAAGUCCAUGAAGCUCAGUCUGCGGGACUGCAUCGACCGAUCCCUCGGGGUAUACGCCGAGGUCACUUUAUGCUUCUUUUCUUUUUUUUUUCAAGCUUUUCUCUGUGUACUAGAGCAAUUUGAAUACAUUUGCACCUCCACAGCAAAACUUUUUUCCCAUUCUGUGUAGGAACCUCGCACAAAGUGGGUGCUGUCAUGGCCGGGGCAGGUUGUGAUCGCAGGGUGCCAGACGUUCUGGACCAUGGAAGUUUCUCAGGCUCUAGAGAGGGGAGACCUGGCUGAGAGCCUUUACCCUCAGCUCCAGACCCAGCUGAGUGAUCUGGUGCAGCUGGUGCGAGGUCGCCUGUCUAAGAUGCAGCGCGCUGUUCUCUCCGCACUCAUCGUGAUUGAGGUGCAUGCUAAGGAUGUGGCUGCCAAACUAGUGGACGAGGGCGUGGCCAGUGUUAAUGACUUUGAAUGGAUCAGCCAGCUCAGAUAUUACUGGGCGAGAGAUGACUUGUACAUCAGGGCGGUGAACGCAGAAUUUCUCUAUGGUUAUGAGUAUCUGGGUAACUCCGGUCGGCUCGUCAUCACCCCACUGACGGACCGGUGUUAUCUGACCCUGACGGGUGCUCUGCACCUGAAGUUUGGAGGAGCCCCAGCAGGUCCGGCAGGCACAGGGAAGACCGAGACCACUAAAGACCUGGGAAAAGCACUGGCCAUCCAGACGGUCGUCUUCAACUGCUCGGAUCAGCUCGACUUCCUCGCUAUGGGAAAGUUUCUCAAGGGUCUGGCUAGUUCUGGAGCAUGGGCAUGUUUUGAUGAAUUUAACCGCAUUGAUGUGGAGGUGCUCUCUGUGGUGGCUCAACAGAUUACUACCAUUCAGAAAGCCCAGCAACAACGAGCAGAGAGGUUUGUGUUCGAAGGAGCAGAGAUCCCACUGGUUCCUUCUUGUGCUGUUUUCAUCACUAUGAACCCAGGCUACGCUGGCCGAACUGAGCUGCCUGACAACUUAAAGGCUCUGUUCCGCCCUGUUGCCAUGAUGGUCCCAGACUACGCCAUGAUCGCUGAGAUUUCUCUGUACUCGUUUGGGUUCAGCGAUGCCAAAGUGCUUUCCAAAAAGAUCACCAGCACCUUCAAGCUGUCCUCUGAGCAGCUCAGCUCCCAGGAUCACUAUGACUUUGGCAUGAGAGCUGUGAAAACUGUGAUUUCUGCUGCAGGAAACCUAAAGAGGGAGAACCCUGACAUGAACGAGGAGCUGAUCUGUCUGCGUGCUAUCAGAGAUGUAAACGUGCCCAAGUUCCUGCAGGAUGACCUCAAGCUCUUCAACGGCAUAGUGUCUGACCUCUUCCCCAAAAUCCGUGAGGAGCCCAUCGACUACGGCACUCUAGAGGAGUCAAUCCGCAACGUCUGCAGGGAUAAAUGCCUCAAAGAUGUGGACGGCUACAUAACAAAGAUUAUUCAGCUGUAUGAGACCACAGUGGUGAGGCACGGUCUGAUGCUGGUGGGGCCGUCUGGCUCAGGUAAAACGAAGUGUUAUGAGGUGCUGGCAGCAGCCAUGACAGCUCUGCAGGGUCAGCCCUCGGUCAGCGGUGGAGUGUAUGAGGCUGUACAGACCUACGUCCUCAAUCCUAAGUCCAUCACCAUGGGGCAGCUCUAUGGAGAGUUUGACCUGCUGACCCACGAAUGGACAGACGGUAUUCUGUCGUCUCUAAUCCGUGUUGGAGCCGCUGCGAUGGACGAGGAGAAGAAGUGGUACGUGUUUGACGGGCCUGUGGACGCUGUGUGGAUCGAGAACAUGAACACGGUGCUGGAUGACAAUAAAAAGCUGUGUUUGAGUUCAGGGGAGAUCAUCAAACUCAGCGAUGUGAUGACUCUGAUGUUUGAGGUGCAGGACCUGGCCGUGGCCUCCCCUGCCACAGUGUCCCGCUGUGGGAUGGUGUAUUUGGAGCCCAGUAUUCUGGGUCUCUCUCCGUUCACUGAGUGCUGGUUACGCACCAUUCCCACCCCACUGCAGCCAUAUGCUCAGCAGCUGGACUCACUAUUUACCCGAUUCCUACAGGACUCUAUCACGUUUGUGCGAAAGUCAGUGACAGAAGUGAUCACAUCUAUGGACAGUAACCUGACCUGCUCUCUGCUAAAGUUGCUGGACUGCUUCUUCCAGCCCUUUAUUCCACGAGAGGGAGAAAGACCUCCUCUCCAGGAGAAGCUGGAUCGCGUGUGUGAGCUCAUUGAGCCGUGGUUUAUCUUCUCUCUUGUAUGGAGUGUGGGGAGCACUGGAGAUGCCGCCAGCCGCCAGCGCUUCAGCACCUGGUUCAGGGCUAAGAUGGCCCAGGAGAAGAUACAGCUGUGUUUCCCAGAGGAGGGGCUGGUUUAUGAUUAUCAGCUGGAUGAUGGAGGCAUCAGUAACCUGAGUGAGGAUGAGGAGGAUGCCAAAGGGAGGAAGGUGCAAUGGGUCAACUGGAUGAAAUAUGCUGUGGAUGUUGUCAUCACCCCAGAAACCAAUUAUUCUGACAUCAUCGUGCCCACUGCGGACACUGUGCGCAUGUCCUUCUUGAUGGACAUGCUUCUGUCCAAUAAGAAGCCGGUGCUGUGUGUUGGGCCGACAGGCACCGGGAAGACCCUCACUGUGUCUGACAAGCUGCUGAAGAACAUGCCAGCCGAGUACAUCACACAUUUCCUCAUGUUCUCCGCUCGCACCUCUGCUAACCAGACACAGGAUUACAUCGACAGCAAGCUGGACAAGAGGCGUAAGGGCGUGUUUGGUCCUCCGUUGGGGAAAUACUUUAUUUUCUUCAUCGAUGACCUGAACAUGCCUAUGCUGGAGACGUACGGAGCCCAGCCACCAAUCGAGCUCCUGCGCCAGUGGAUGGACCACGGCGGCUGGUACGACAGAAAGCAAAUAGGAACAUUUAAGCAGUUGGUGGACAUCAAUUUUGCAUGUGCCAUGGGCCCCCCCGGCGGUGGCAGGAACCCCAUCACCCAGCGCUUCGCACGCCACUUCAACUUCCUCUCCUUCACUGAGAUGGAGGACUCCAGCAAGAGGAGAAUCUUCUCCACCAUCCUGGGCAAUUGGAUGGAUGGCAACAUGAGUAAAAAGGAGCCAGGCAAAAAGGUUCCUCAUCUGCUUCCACUGAACGAGCCGCUGGUGGAUGCCACCAUUAAAGUUUACUCCACCAUCACCAGUGGUCUCCUGCCCACCCCUGCCAAGUCCCACUACACUUUUAACCUGCGCGACCUCUCGAAGGUCUUCCAGGGCCUGCUAAUGGCCGAGGCAGGGAAGAUAGAGGAUAAAGUCCAGCUGCUGCAGCUGUGGUACCACGAGAGCUGCCGUGUGUUCCAGGACCGGCUGGUCAGUGCGGAGGACAGAGACUGGUUCGACCAGCUCCUCCAGCAAUGCCUCCAGGAGUUUGGCUGCAGCUUCCAGGAGGUGGUGCCCCACCAGCCGCUCCUCUUUGGAGACUUCAUGGUCCCUGGAACUGACAGCAAAGCCUACCAGCUUAUUGAGGACAGAGAGAAGCUGGCGCGGGUGAUGGAGGAGUAUAUGGAGGAUUAUAAUCAGGUCAGCACCACUAAGAUGAAGCUGGUGCUCUUCAUGGACGCCAUCCAGCACGUGUGUCGAAUCAGCCGGAUCCUGCGGCAGCCGCUGGGGAACGCUCUUCUGCUGGGGGUUGGUGGCAGCGGACGCCAGUCCCUCACCAAACUCGCCACACACAUAUCUGACUACGAGUGCUUCCAGAUUGAGCUGUCUAAGAACUACGGAACGGCAGAAUGGAGGGAGGACAUUAAGAGCAUCAUGAUGAAGGCUGGUCUGCAGAACGUUCAGAUCACCUUCCUGUUCGUUGAUACGCAGAUUAAGAGCGAGUCGUUCCUGGAGGACAUUAAUAACAUCCUGAACUCAGGUGACGUGCCGAAUCUUUACACUGGUGAGGAGCAGGACAGAAUCCUGACCGCUAUGAAGCCUGUGGUGCAGGACCUCGGCCAGCAGCCCACCAAAGCCAAUCUCAUGGCUGCUUACGUCAAGAGAGUCCGGAGCAACAUCCACACUGUGCUGUGCAUGAGUCCGAUAGGGGAGGUUUUCCGAGCAAGGCUUCGCCAGUUCCCCUCUCUGGUCACCUGCUGCACCAUCGACUGGUUCAGUGCCUGGCCACAGGAGGCACUGCAGUCUGUGGCAGUGUCCUUCCUCAACGAACUUCCCGAGCUAGAGGCCAGCCCUGCUGCCCUCAACGGCCUGACAGUGAUGUGCAUGGAGAUCCACCAGAUGGUGGCCCGUAAGUGUGAGCAGUACCGAACUGAACUCUCACGCUACAACUAUGUCACACCCAAGAGCUACCUGGAGCUGCUCAGUAUCUUCUCUGCUCUGAUUGGCCGCAAAAAGCAGGAACUGCACGGGGCUCGUCAGCGCAUGAAAACCGGUCUGGACAAGCUCUUGAGCACAGCUGAGGACGUGAGUAAGAUGCAGGAGGAGCUGGAGACCAUGCGGCCUCUCCUGGAAGAAGCAGCCAGAGACACCAUCAUCACCAUGGAGAAAAUCAAGGAAGACACAGUGGUGGCAGAGGAGACUCGUGUUGCAGUGCAGGCUGAGGAAGCCAAAGCAUCUGAGAAGGCUAGGAUAGCCGGAGCCAUCGCCGCAGAUGCACAGAAAGAUCUAGAUGAAGCACUGCCCGCACUGGAUGCUGCGCUGACCAGCCUCAAAUCCCUCAACAAGAAUGAUGUCAUUGAGGUGAGGGCAAUGCAGAGGCCUCCCCAGGGAGUGAAGCUGGUCAUUGAGGCAGUCUGCAUUAUGAAAGGCAUUAAGCCUAAGAAAGUGGCCGGAGAAAAGCCUGGGACUAAAGUGGAUGACUACUGGGAGCCUGGCAAGGGUCUUCUGCAGGACCCCGGCAAAUUCCUGGAGGGCCUCUUCAAGUUUGACAAGGACAAUAUCCCAGACUCUGUGAUCAAACUGGUGCAGCCCUACAUAGACAACGAGGAGUUCCAGCCGGCCUCCAUAGCCAAAGUGUCCAAGGCCUGCACGUCCAUCUGUCAGUGGGUGCGAGCCAUGCAUGUCUACCACUUUGUGGCCAAAGCUGUGGAGCCCAAACGGCAAGCUCUUGCCGAGGCUCAGGAGGACCUGGCUGUAACCCAGCAAAUUCUGGAUGAGGCCAAAAAGAAGCUGGCGGCGGUGGAGGAGGGCAUUGCCACGCUGCAAGCCAAAUAUCACGACUGCCUGGCCAAACGGGACGAACUGGACAGCAAGUGCCAGCUGUGUGAGAGCAGACUGAUCAGAGCAGACAAGCUGAUUGGUGGGCUGGCUGAUGAGAAAGUGCGCUGGAGUGAGGCAGUGCAGCAUUUGGAGUAUCUGGUGGAUAAUGUAGCUGGAGACGUGCUGAUGUCUGCAGGAUACGUCGCUUACCUCGGACCCUUUACUGGCGAGUACAGGGCAGCGAUGGUCGAGGAGUGGCUGCGUGGCUUUAAGGAGCAGCAGGUCCCUCACACGGCUGAACCUAACCUCAUCAACACUCUUGGAGACAAAGUCAAGAUCCGCUCCUGGCAGAUCUCAGGGCUACCGAAGGAUAACCUCUCUGUUGAGAACGGUGUGAUCAGUCAGUACUCGCAGCGCUGGUCUCUGUUCAUCGACCCUCAGGGCCAGGCCAACAAGUGGAUCAAGAACAUGGAGCGUGAUAACGGACUGGAUGUGAUGAAGCUGAGUGACCGAGACUUCCUUCGUAGUUUGGAGAACGCCAUUCGCUUUGGAAAACCCUGCCUGCUGGAGAACGUGGGAGAGGAGCUGGACCCAGCACUGGACCCUGUUUUGCUGAGACAGACUUAUAAGCAGCAGGGCAGUACAGUGCUGAAGCUGGGAGAUGCUGUUAUUCCUUAUCACGAUGACUUCAAAAUGUACAUCACCACCAAACUGCCCAAUCCUCACUAUUCACCUGAGAUAUCCACCAAGGUCACUCUCAUCAACUUCACACUGUCACCCAGUGGAUUGGAGGACCAGCUGCUGGGCCGAGUUGUAGCAGAAGAGAGGCCUGAUCUGGAAGAGGCGAAGAACCAGCUGAUUGUGAGCAAUGCCCACAUGAAGCAGGAGCUGAAGGAGAUCGAAGAUCAGAUCCUGCUCCGUCUCAGUUCGUCUGAGGGAAACCCUGUGGAUGAUGAGGAGCUCAUCCGUGUGCUGGGUGCCUCCAAGCUCAAAGCUGGAGAGAUCCAGGCUAAAGUGAUGGUGGCAGAGGAGACGGAGCGGGACAUUGACGCAACACGGCUGGAGUACGUCCCCGUAGCCGUACGCGCCCAAAUCCUUUUCUUCUGUGUGUCUGACCUGUCCAAUGUUGACCCCAUGUACCAGUACUCACUGGAGUGGUUCCUGGGCAUCUUCAUGGCUGGCAUCGCUAACUCGGACCGGGCAGACACGGUGGAGCAGCGCAUCAUCAACAUUAAUGAAUAUUUCACCUUCAGCCUCUACAGCAACGUCUGCCGCAGUCUGUUUGAAAAACACAAGCUCAUGUUCGCCUUCCUGUUGUGUGCACGCAUCAUGAUGAAUGACAACAAGAUAGACAUGGCUGAAUGGCAGUACAUGCUGUCUGGAGGAACGGCCCAGCAGCAGCUCCCCAACCCGUCGUCCAGCUGGUUAUCAGAGCGGGCAUGGCAGGAGCUGCUGGCUCUCAGUGCGCUGCCCAACUUCAAAGGCCUGGCAGACACCUUCUUCAAACAUGAGCCUGAAUACAAGGGGAUCUUUGACAGCAGCCAGCCACACCGGUAACCUCACACACACACACACACACACACACACACACACACACAUACACAGACACUUAUACAGACAAUGGUUUAUGGUUUACAUAAGCUGGACAGCUUCCAGCAGCUGCUGGUGCUGCGCUGUUUGCGUGUAGAUCGCCUCACACACGGCCUGCAGGACUUUGUGUCUGCACAGCUGGGUCAGCGCUUCAUCGAGCCUCAGACGUCUGACCUGUCUGUUGUCUUUAAGGAGUCCUCUCCGUCCACUCCGCUCAUCUUCGUGCUGUCUCCUGGCACUGACCCCGCCGCCGACCUCUACAAGUUUGCUGAUGUCAUGAAGUUUUCCAAGAAAAUGAGCGCCAUCUCGCUGGGCCAGGGCCAGGGUCCCUGGGCUGAAGCGAUGAUGAACAGUGCGAUGGAAAAAGGGCAGUGGGUGUUCUUUCAAAACUGCCACCUUGCGCCCAGCUGGAUGCCCUCUUUAGAGAGACUCAUCGAGAAUAUUGACCCUGACAAGGUCAGCUAGUUUAAGUCUCUGUUGAUGUCUCUGUGUAUGUUCCACGGAAACGCUAUUGAGCGCAGGAAGUUUGGCCCGCUGGGCUUCAACAUCCCCUACGAGUUUACAGACGGAGACCUGCGCAUCUGCAUCAGCCAGCUCAAGAUGUUCCUCGACGAGUACCAGGACGUCCCUUACAAGGUGCUGAAAUACACUGCUGGGGAGAUCAACUAUGGUGGUCGUGUAACAGAUGACUGGGACCGCCGCUGCAUCAUGAACGUGUUGGAGGAUUUCUACUGUCCAGCAGUGCUAAACCUGGACCACAUCUACUCCCCCUCCGGAGAGUACCGGCAGAUCAGCACUGAACUGGACCUCAAGGGCUAUCUGUCAUAUAUCCGAGGUUUACCCAUUAACGACUCGCCCGAAAUCUUUGGCCUGCACGACAACGCCAACAUCAGCUUCGCCCAGAAUGAAACAUUUGCUCUGCUGGGAGCCGUUCUCCAGCUGCAGCCCAGAGCAGCAUCCAGCGGGGGAAAGGCCAGGGAGGAGAUAGUGGAGGAGAUUGUGGCAGGAAUUGUGGAGAAAAUUCCCAACCCCAUCAACGUGCAGGAAGUCACUACCAAAUAUCCAGUGAUGUAUGAAGAGUCUAUGAACACUGUCCUGAUUCAAGAGGUUAUCAGGUAUAAUAAGUUGUUAGCAGUGAUCUCUCAGAGUCUCAGUGAUCUAGUGAAGGCUCUGAAAGGUUUGGUGGUGAUGUCAUCAGAGCUGGAGCUGAUGGCCAACAGCCUGUUCAUCAACGCCGCGUACCCGUCUCUGAAGCCGCUGGCGUCCUGGGUGUCGGACCUGGUGCAGCGGAUCGGUUUCCUGAAGGGCUGGAUCUCCAAUGGGAUUCCUGCUGUGUUCUGGAUCAGCGGAUUCUUCUUCCCGCAGGCCUUCCUGACUGGCACGCUGCAAAACUUUGCCCGCCGCUCCGUCCUCUCCAUCGACACCAUCAGCUUUGGCUUUAAGGUGAUGAAGGAGCCGGCAGCGGAGUUAAAGGAGCGGCCCGAGUCAGGUUGCUUCAUCCACGGUCUGUUCCUGGAGGGGGCACGCUGGGACACACAUGCCGGCCUGCUGACCGAGUCACGGCCCAAAGAGCUCUACACCGAGAUGGCUGUCAUCUGGAUGGUCCCUGUGCCCAACCGCAAACCUCCGCAAUCAGGGGUCUACGUCUGCCCCAUAUACAAAACCCUCACGCGUGCUGGAACUCUGUCCACCACCGGUCACUCCACCAACUAUGUGAUUGCAGUGGAGCUGCCAACUGACCAAAGCCAGCGGCACUGGAUCAAGCAAGGGGUGGCGCUAAUAUGCGCACUGGAUUACUGAACACUGUCAUUCUCUCACAGACCCACAUUUACAGAAGUGCAGAUGGGCAGGAAGUGCUUUAAACCACUCCACCAUUUAAAGCUCUCGCUGAUUAAACAUGUCAAACUAAGUGUUUUUUUAUUGUCAACACAUUUUCUCACACUUACAAGCUCUCAAUCUGAACCUCUGUCUGGAUUAUCCUGCCUGUGUCAGGUCACUGUAACAGUAAAGCGUCCUGCU